AUGUCGACAGUCAUUUCCGAGUCAGUGAACGCGCGUACGCGUGUAGAGUCGUUGACAACGGCAUUCGAGUGUUCUCUACGGAGCGCCGGAGCGUCGGCCGAUCUUGCAAAACAUCGCUCUACAUACGAGCCGACUCAGCAGGACGCAACUGCCCUCGAGAUGCAGGUGCAAGUUCUGAAGACUUUGGAAUCGCAGGCGACCGAAUUAAUCGGGGAGAUGACGGCGGCGACAGAGGGCUCGGCAUCAGACGAGAUGCUUGCGGACAUACAAGGCCUCCGCUUCAGAGCUUCCAAGCAAGCAUCUUUCAACCUGGCACUGCUCGCUCCGUGGCGCCGUCUCCGUGGCGCCGUCUUCCGACCGAACUCUUGUCGACAAUCCUCGCAAACGCUCUACCAUCGCACUGGCAUAGCAGUCAGGCCGGCCACCGAGGCUCGCCACCUUGCGCAAAGACAUGCGCAACUAUGCCGAGCCAUAUUAGAGGAACUCCGACGCUCAUCCCAAGCCCCUCUACAUGUGACGGUCACGCGAGCUGACUAUGCUCAUGAGCUGGAUGCGGAACCCUACCGUGACUGUGACGGCGUUUGGCGGGUAGUCCUGAAGCAUUCGCAAAGAUGGGCGAGCUUCGAGAUGAUCAAGCACUUUCCCAGAACGUACUUCCGCGCCAGCAAGAGGCGCCUGUCGUUUCCUCUCCUCCGCCAAAUCAAGCUGGUAGCUGAAUAUGCUGCGAUUCCCAAAGGUUCCGACCUUCUGCGGGACAGCAUCUUACCUCUCUCGUUCUUCAAGCAUGUGCCUACAAUCUGUGACGUGUCUUUGACCUACAUGUCGUCUUUCGGGCCCCUCAGUCUUCCUCGGACCUGGACGAUCACGCAUCUCACGAUUGGUUGCGGGACGAACGCCCACUGGGCAUUCGAUCCUCUACCUGGCCUGGCGCCCAUCCUUCCCGUACUCGCCUCGGGUAGCAGCACACUUCGUACAUUCGUCAUCAACGCCAGCCAUAUACUGGGGUACUCCCCAGAUGUACAACCAGUGGUCGCUUUCCCCGUUCUGCACGAAAUCUACUUCGAUGGUUCUGCAGCCCUCCUGCUGCGUCAUAUCACCGCGCCAUCCCUCCAUAUGCUUACGCUGGUCGGGCGCAACUCUGCGCACGAUGCACAGCAAUAUGGAGAUGUCCUUGAUGCCCUCGCUGUGAUGUGCGCACGAGGUGGAUGCCCGAACCUGUCUUCACUCGUUCUGAAUGAAGUUCACGCGCGUCCGACCCAGCUUAUCGCGUGCCUACGGUCUUUUCCCUCACUCGCUCACGUCGAACUCACCAACGAUCACAGCGAUAAAAAGGAUCCGCUGGUAACAGACGAAGUCAUCCGCGCGUCAACGCGUGGGCGUGCAACGACCGACGCGCUGCUCCCUUGCGUCAUUUCGCUUCGCAUCUACUAUCGCCUGCCCGUUGGAAGCGCGCUGCCGCAGCAUGAGCUGCACAAUAUUCGUGCUAUGCUCGCGUCCCGACGCCAGCAUCGUCCCGGCCUGGCAUUCCUCAACAUUCUCCGCAUAGAUAACGUUGGGGAUGAUUGGCUGCAUCACCAUGCUGUCGACUUGAACUGGGAUUAUACGGACAGCUCGGAACGAGAAUCCGACACGAACACGGACUCGUCUGGCGAUACCGACAGUUCUUCUGGGCUUGACAGUGAUGCGUAG